UUGUACCCCUCCUCCUCUAUCAACGUGGUACAGUCCAUCAAGACCAGGUGCAAGCAAUUAGUGCUAAUAGAACUUCUUUUGCUUGGAGGAAGAGGUAAGACUCAUACAGACUCUCUUACGAUAUGUAACAUUGUAAUUCUGAAGAAUGUUGUAGGUUACUUGAUGUUUGGAUACACCAAAGCAUCUGAUUUGCUGCAGUUUAGCUAGUUCUUACCAACCAUCUUAGUCAGCGUACCAGAGUUUAAAGGGAAGGUGACUCACUCCAGAAUUAGACAAAACUGUAUUUGGUCAUUUUCUGUGUAUCAGUGAGUGAUAUUCUUUCACAGGCACAAAUUAUCUAGGUAAUAAUCAUUAGUAUUAAGAUAAUGUUUUAAUAUUUGAAGGUAUUGAGAACUUGUCAAUAGAAAGUCAAUUAUGUAAUACUGUGUACUUCAAUACAGCAUUUUCUCAUACAAUAGCAUCAAAUCAUAUUGUGUACAGCAGAGGUGUCAAACUCAAGUUCUUGAGGGCUUGUGUCCAGCAACUUUUAGAUGUGUCUGUGAUGCCACACGGCUGGAUCAAAUGGGGUGGUUAUCAGCAGGUCAUCAACUUGACUGCACUUAGAAGCUAAUUCAGUCAUAUAAUUCAGGUAUUUUGGACCAGAGGAACAUCUAAAAGUUGCAGUACACUGGCCCUCGAUGCCUGGAGUUUGACACCCCUGGUGUACAGUGUCAUGUUGUUACUCAACAGCACGUUACUCUGAUCUUUGCAGGAGAUGUCAGCAACAAGGUCUCAGAGAGCAAAAAGAAAUCCCAAACAUGAUGCCAGUUAUUAUUGCUCCUUAGGUGAAGAUAAAGAGGGAUUUGAUGAAAAUACAUUAAUUCAUUUAAAGGUCGGGGUGUGUACAGUUGCCGGUGCUUUCAAAAAGGAGAUUCUUAUUGAGUACAGAGGGGAAGUCAUAAGUAGAAAGGAACAAGAAAACCGAUUGAAAAUUUACCAUGAUGCACUCGAGGCUUUUAUGUUUGAUUUCAAGUUCAAUGGACAACAGCUUUGUGUUGAUGCUGCCAGAGAGGAUGGAUCAUUGGGGAGGCUGGUAAAUGAUGAAGAGAUGAACCCAAACAGCAAAUUGAAAGUUACAAGGGUGGAUGGAAGACCUCAUCUUUGUUUAUUUGCACUCAAAGAUAUUGGUCCUGGGGAAGAAAUCACUUAUGUUUAUGGUGAUUCUGACUGGCCAUGGAGAAGAAAGAUUUCCAAAGAUGAACUGUGUCAGGCUGUUGACGUGGACGCAUGCGGAUCCUGUUCAACUAACCCUCCAGAGAUUUCCAAAGAUGAAAGGUGUCAGGCUGGUGACGUGGAUGCAUGCGGAUCCUGUUCAACCAACCCUCCAGAGAUUUCCAUAGAAGAACCGUGUCAGGCUGGUCAUGUGGAUGCGUACAGAUCCUGUUCAACCAACCCUCCAGAGAUUUCCAAAGAUGAGCUGUGUCAGGCUGGUGAGGUAGAUGCAUGCAGAACCUGUUCAACCAACCCUGCAGAGCACAAAGUAAACACAGAGAUGGUAAGGGGAAAGAAAUCAACAGAAAACUAAAACGGAAGGACAUAGAGCCCCGCAGAAAAUGAACACAAAUAAAAAUUCUGGUAAGUCACCACACCUACACAAGUCAAGAAACACCAAUCUACUUAAGCUCAAAAGCACAACUGAAGCAUGGUCAAAAGUAAUGAUCCACACCACUGAAAGGCAAUAGGAUGACCAUUUUCUUCUUUAUGCAUAAUAUUUUGAGCAGACAUGAUCCAAUAUGUCAUCUGGCUUAAAUUACCAUGCACAUACCAUAUAAAACUGUACCUUGUAUUAAAAUGAUAAACUUUCACAUAGUCAAUGUUCAGAUGCUAGAAAAUCUAAUUUAGUGAUGAGU